GUGAAACCGAGCAAUGAUGAACCACAUUUCACAGCACGUUUAUGGAUGAAUAAUUUUAUAGUCAAAAGAAUCAGGAGACAUUUAACAAAAAUAUUCCCAUACCAGUUUUCUAUCAGAAUUAUUAAUCUACUUCUUUUGUCAAUUUAAUACUACUUCCAGGAGACUGGGAGCCUGACAUUCAUUUCUUCAUAGGAGAAAGUAGAGAACUGUGAAUAAGAAGAGCAGGUAUAUUAAACAGAUGAGAUUGUGAAAAUGAAGACUUGUCUGAAAUACCUAUAUUUUUUACCACUUUUAAAAAGAACGAUGCGUUGCAAAUGCUUCACUAAUGAAUGAAGGACAUAAGACUUAUAACUCUUUUGCCUGCUGGAUGACACUGGAUUCUCUGUCUUGUGACUGUCAGAAGAGAAGAUGUCCCAGGAAUUUAACCUUAGCUUACUUAAGGGACUGGAGCAAGAAAUUGUUCUAAAUGUCCUUUGCCGUGAUGAGAUGUUGAGAAAACUGGAGGAAGAAAGAAUAAGCAAACUGAGAACCCAGUUGCAGCAACUUUGGCGCAAAGGAACAAAAAACACCAACUAUGGAUCUCAGAGAUGGACAUGUGCCCGCUGUCAGAAGUCGUUAGGAGUCCUGAUCAAUAGAGGAGCAGUAUGCAAAGGAUGCAGUCAUCAGAUAUGCUCUCGAUGUCGUAUUACUCAAAAUACCUUCCUGUGGAGAUGCACUGUCUGCUAUGCUUUUGAGGAUCUUAAAGUGAAAACAGGUGAAUGGUUCUUUGAGGAGCGAGCAAAGAAAUUUCCAGCUGAAGGUAGAUAUGAAACUGCUGGUGCAAAACUCUUGAAAUCUUAUCAGAAAUUAAGCAACAUAUCAGUGAUUCCUCCGACUCCUCCACCUUUUGCUGAAUCCACCAACAGAAUGAGUGCAUUGGAACCUAAUCAGAGUUUCCAUAAGUCUGUGGAAAACCUAUUUCUGUCUUUUACCACACAUAUGAAAAAAAUCUCAAAGUCACAGAAUGACAUGGCCAAUGAGAAAUACCUUCUCACAGCAAAUUAUGGGCAACAAAAGGAUCCUGUGAAGGAAAGGAGAAGCUUAUCUGAUACUGCUAUUGAUAUUUCAACCAGGACAGAGAAAUCUCCAAGUAUUCAACGGCUCAUCAGUAGAGAACAAAAUGACAGUAGAAUUGCUUGCAUAAAAGCAUCAAGUGAAGAGGUCAUACCCUCCAUUGUUACAAAUGACACCUUAACCUGCAGAGAUAAAAGACGUGGUAGUUUAUACAGCAUUACCAGCAUUUGCAGUGAGGUUAGUGACUUUACAAAAGCUGAUGUCCGUGGUGAAAUAGAAGUUGCCAUUAGAUACAUUUUCAAAUUUGGCAUUUUGGAAGUAUGCAUUAGUGCCUGCAAGAAUUUGGCUUACGGAGAGGAGGAAAAGAAAAAAUGCAAUCCAUAUGUCAAGACUUACUUGCUGCCUGAUAAAUCUCUUCAGAGUAAACGGAAGACUUCUGUGAAAAAGAACACGCUGAAUCCAACUUUCCAAGAAAUAUUAAAGUACAAGAUUGAAUACUCCCAGCUGGAAACCCGACAGCUUCAGAUAUCUGUCUGGCACUCUGGAAUUUUCAGACAUCAAGUAUUCCUUGGAGAAGUGGUGAUAGAUUUUGAAUCUUGGGAUUUUGGAUGUAACUCUGCUCAGGAAUUCAGCUGGUACCAAUUGAAAGCCAAAGUGGCCGGACUGAAUUAGAUUUAUAUGUGUUUAUUAUAUUUAUACAUGUUUCCCGCUUCUUCAGAUUUUAAGGAUAAAUGUGCCAUAAGGAGUUCAUUUUUUUCAAUGAUGUAGGCAUUAAGUGUUCUCAUCACUAGAAUCAUACAGUGCAGUUGGAUGCACUCCAAAGAUAAAAGAAAAAAUAUCCUGUCAUCUAUGUGAUAACACUUCAAAUAUUCAUAGAUGGCCAUUGCAUCUGCUCUCAAAUCUGGUCUGAAAACAUUCAAGGUUUAAAGAUAGCCAUCAGCUUACAUUAGAUAACAUAAUUAAAAAAUAGUCCAGAGUUUAAUGGAAUCUUCAUAUAGAAAAGGCUUGUGCCCCUGAGGGCAUAAUGUUGGAGGGCAAACAAUUGGGCAUAACUAUAACUUCCAUGCAAUACCUCUGGAUUUUUACUCAAGUACUUUGAAAAUAUUCUAUAUGAAAAGAUAGGAUCUAAAUAGAUAAAGUCAUCAGCAUUCAAAUGGGUACUGUUAAAAUCCUGGACUAGGCGGUCUUUGAUUUGAUCCAGGAAGUUAAUUCUUUUUUUCUUUGAGAAGAUAGUAAUUCUAGGUAGCCCAUCCCUCUUGUGUUUGUAUGUAUAGUGGGUUAUCAGUCACCCACCAUGCCAGUGAAUAUCAGAUGAGCAAAUGGGUAGUGGAAUAGUGUCAAUGUCCUCAAUGAGUUCUCAUGUAUUACUUUCAGUUUCUACGUCUUGGGCUGUUAAGAAUCACAACCCAGACUAAUUGACAAUAUAAGUCACAGUAGAACUAAGAACACCUAAGCAUGAAAACAAGUCAGAUAGUAAUGGUAGUAGAUGGGGAAGGCUGCAUUUCCUGAUUGUGUGGAAAAAGCACAACAACAAGACAGUUACUAUUUUGAUAUCAGUAGGAAGACAUUCCUCAAGCCAGUUGUGUUCUAAUUCUGUACAUAGAUUAACAGAAGAUGGUGGUGGCUCCCUGUAUUAUUAUUUCUUGUGAUUACUAUAAGUACGCUUAUAUGUAUGUCUCAGCCAAUUAUGUGCAUGGCUCAUCAGAAGGGGCUAAUGGCAUUUAUUAUUAUUUAUUAUUUUUUACAACCUCAUUAAAAGAAAUAGCAAAACUCUCAACUCCUUUUGCUGAGUAUUAUUCUCUUGACAUCUUUCUAUU